GCUCUAAAUUUUGUUGUUGGGGGGGUUUGGGGCUUAGGGAAUUGAGGUUGAAUGUUGAAUUAAGGUUCCAUAUACAUUAGUUUUUUGUCGACUGUUUUGCUAGUUUCUGAGAAUAGAAACAGUUUGAUCGGAUGUGAAGAAAGUUUUUGAUUGUUAACGUGCACUACAAAGAAACAAACAUGGGCCCUAAAAAGAAGGAAAGAGACACGGACCAGUCAUCUUCAUCCAAAGGUGGUCCAAAGGAAACCACUAACGGUCGUGCUGAUACUGUUCAAGCAGAUCACGAACUUUUUCUUCAAGCUUUUGAAAAACCAACUCAGAUCUAUAGAUAUCUGCGUACUCGUCAUUUUAUUUCGCCUAUAUUUCUUCAUCGCACUCUCAGUUACAUGAAUGGGAGAUGUGCCAGAAACCACAAAAACAGGAAAACUUGCAAAUUGGAUAAUAUGCUUGAAAGCAAAGUUCAGAAAAGUUCUCAAAAUGAUGUAAAUAAUCGUUCUAAAUAUAUGACAUUGACUUUUCUUGGAUUUUAUGAUCCCAAAGUAAUUGGUUGUAGAGAACCAGUGAAGGUUGAAACACUUCUCUUACAAAUAGGACACAAGAAAAGAAAAGAUGUGUCCUCACCAAUUAUGCAGAUCAGUGUCGGUACAACAGAAGUAUGUAUAAAUCCCAGUGAAGAUUCACCUCCUCCCAAAGCUCCGACUGUCUCUAUUUCGACCGAAGAUCUUAGUUUACGGAAUGGCCAACAGGGCAAUUCGUAUGUCCUGCUGCUAAGAGUUUCUGCCACAACAUUUUUGGAAAACGAACCUCAGUCUAAACGUCGCCGUGUGAGUGACGUAUCAGCUACUGCGAUAGUGACAGAAGAAACAACGCGGCUUUUCGGUGCCGAAUUGAUUGUUUACGACCGUCACUCACGGUGUCUUUUGAUCGACGGAGAUUAUGAGCUUGCGAUGAAGGAAAUUAAUUCUUUAGAAUCGAGUGGAACCUCCCCCAGUGGCACAGAGAAAUCCUCGCGCAUUGCCAACACUUCUUGGAGCACCCUAGAUUCCCCAAGCACCACUCCUCCCUUGAGUAUUUUAGCUCAUGGUCCGAUGCUCAAAUUCCGCUUAGAAUGGGCCAACGAUCCCAUCUCGGCGCUUGUUGAUCGACCGAAGCCGUAUGUCGCAGUGGCGUCGACACAAUCAUCCGAUAAGAGUAGCAGUAGCACUAGUAGCAAUAGUAGUGUGGAAAAAAAUCAAAUCCACAGUUCGGAUGAGCCGAUGAUUGUUCGCUACCAGUUCUUGUAUAAUGCAAGCAGACGGCAACAGACGGAAACCAGGAAUGAUUUUCGUUGCCCGUGGUGCUCACUGCAUUGUCUCCAGUUGCCAGCUCUUCUGAAACACCUGAGAUUGUGUCAUUCAAGAUUUAAUUUUAGCCAUGUUGGUACGGAUAAGGGUCAUGUCAGAAUUGACAUCAGCGUUAAUGAUGCAUACGAUGGAUCUUAUUCAGGAAACCCACAUGAUCUUAUAGCUCAGCCCUUGGCGUUGGGAGCAUCAUCUGGUGGCGCUGCCUUCGGUAGACAGGGUCCUACCCGAAGAACUCCUAUCACAGCUACACUACUGUGGAGACCGCGUCGCUUGCGGGCUUCUGGUCUUGAUCCACUGCAAGCGGAAGGAGAUGAUGGCUACGAAGUUUGUGAGACUCAAAGGCCUUUUAUUACGGGGCAUAACAGAUUAUAUCAUCAUACAUCUACCUGCCUUCCUAUUCAAGCCAAAGAGCUGGAUGUGGAUAGUGAAAACGAGACAGAUCCGGAAUGGCUUCGAGCCAAAACCUGCAUGAUGAUUGACGAAUUCACCGAUGUUAACGAAGGAGAAAAAGAGCUGAUGAAGCUGUGGAAUCUCCACGUUCUCAAACAUAAUUACGUUGGUGAUUGCCAGAUGGGCGUAGCGUUACAAAUGUUUUUGGAUAACCAUGGGCAGGAAUUGCUGAAACGAAAUUUAUAUCGUAAUUUUAUUCUUCAUCUCUCAAAUUUAUACGAUUUUGGAAUAAUUGCACCUGCCACGGUGCUUAGAACCAUCAAUUCGCUGCAGCUCAUUCUACAGCGAAGUCCCGAGCACCAAGAAAUUUUAAAGCAGGCCUGGCUAGGCCAACUAUUAAACAAACAUGAAACAAACACCCUCACUUCUGCCUAAUUAACUAAUCCUUUGAACUUGGAUUAUCAAUUAACUUUGUCUUCAAGCAUUACUGAAAAUAAUGAUUUAUUUUGAAAACAAUUCAAUUAUGUAUUUCCUUCAUUUGUCAUACAUUCAUCAUCCCACCAUUAACCUUUCCAUCUUUUAGAAAUACACGUGAUUUUGAAUGAA